CUCGACAUGGCGUCCCUCGUAAGGCGCUUCCAGAGGAAGCCGACGGCGAGCGACGAUACGCCAGAAGACACCAUUCAGCCCAGUCCGUCCAGCCCUUCCAGUACAAAGGCGCCCGUUGAGACUGGCAACGAGAAGCUUGACUCCGAGGUUGGCAUUGAUCGAAACGACCCCACUCACAAGGAUGAAGCAGAGGAAGACCUCGAACCCGAUGUCCGCGCGCUCCCACUACAAGUCCGCCGGAUUGUAAGUCUGGAGGAUGAUCCAACCACGCCGACUAUUACGUUCCGGUACUUCCUCCUUACAGUUCUUUUCAUCUCUCCAGGAGCGGUGCUGUAUCAGAUGGGAUAUUAUCGGACGACGGCAUCUCCUUACAGCGUCCUUUUUGUGCAAGUGGCCUGUCAUUACGUUGGCCUGUGGCUUGCUCGUAUACUGCCUGCGAAGACGAUUCGAGUACCAUUCACCAAAUUCAGCUUCAGUCUCAAUCCCGGCCCCUGGAAUGCCAAAGAACAUGUUCUUGUCACUGUCACGGCAAGCUCAGGCGCUACUUCAAACGCUGCAUGGACGGCCAUCUCUCUGGCCGAGCUGUACUACGGUGACAAGAUUCCUGCGGCUGCUUGUAUAUUCUUCAUGUGGGCUAUCGUCUAUCUCGGAUACGCAAUGGCAGCCCUUGCUAGGCAAUUCCUCAUCUACGACCCUAUCUACAUCUGGCCACAAUCGCUUAUGCAGACCGCUCUGUUUGAGACACUCAAAUCGUCAAACUCAAACUCCAGAAUUGGCCGGAAGCAAAAACACGUCUUCUUUGCCGUCCUAGUAGGCGUAACACUCUGGCAAUUUCUCCCUGAAUACGUCUUCCCCUUCUUCAGCUCUUUGUCGUUCCUGUGUUGGGUUGCCCCGGAGAACGCCGUUGCCAAUUUCAUUGGUGCGGGAAUUGGUGGCAUGGGCCUUCUCAACUUGACUAUGGACUGGUCUAACAUAUCAAAUGCUUACGGAAAUCCAAUGGUCAUGCCAUACUGGACUAGCGUGGUUCUCUUCCUGGCUUUCGCAUUCAACUGCUGGGUUCUUCUGCCCGCAGCAAAGUGGGGUAGCCUCGGAGGUUUCAAAUAUGGUUUGAUGUCCAACCGUCUCUUCCUAGCAAAUGGCACCAGAUAUCCAGUCGCAGCCUUAUUAGGGCCAGACAACACCAUGAACGAGACGGCUUAUGCAUUCUAUGGACCCGCCUAUAUGGGCACCCAGCAAAUUUGGGCUCUCUUCUUCGAUUACUCUUCUUAUAUCUCUGCCUUGACCUGGAUGCUUCUAUUCGGAUGGCCUAAAAUUAGUGAAACGAUCCAGAAGCUAAGGGCCCGGGCAGCGACUAAGGGACAAAGUCCGGAGUCCGUUAACCAUCUCUACCCAGAUAGACUCAAUGUUCUUCAACGAGCGUAUAAGGAGGUCCCGUUAUGGUGGUACACAAUCUUGUUUCUCGGGUCUUUUAUCACUAUAAUUGUGAUUCUUGCUAAAGGGAUUUUCUUCAUCCCGAUAUGGACAUUUAUUGUGGCACUAGCCACUUCCGGAUUUAUGAUCCUCCCGUUCGCAUGGCUGUACUCCCUCUCAAACUACCAAGUCCCAAUUGGCUCAUUCAACGAGCUGAUAUAUGGCUACAUGAUCAAUUCCAAGGCUGGGGCGAGCCAUAGGCAUCCUGCGGGUGCUUCAACGUAUGGAGCGAUAGCAGGCGACAUCUGGUACCGCGCACAAUACAUGCUACAGGACCAAAAGAUCGGGCACUACAUGCAUGUUCCCCCGCGAGAUCUCUUUUUCAGUCAGAUAUUUGGCGAGUUGAUCGGUGUACCAAUCAACUAUGGUAUCAUUAGAUGGGUCUUGUCAACUAAGGGCGAAUAUCUUCUCGGCAACAAGAAAGACCCUCUCAAUCAAUGGACUGGUCAAUCCCUGUCUUCUUACAACACCCUCGCCGUCCAAUACGUUCUCGUCGGCCCCAAACGCCUUUUCGCUCAGCACAUAUACAAGCCUCUCCCUUGGGCGUUCCUCUUUGGAGCCGGCGCUCCCCUCGUCAUCUACAUCGCACAUCGCCUCUUCCCGCGCGCGAAAUUCCACCUCUGGAACAUCACCAUUUUCGCGUCAGGUAUGUCCGUAUUUUACGGCAAUCUCAGUACGGGGUACACGAGCCGCCUCAUCGUCGCAUACAUCAGCAUGCGGUACUUCUACCGCAAGAGGUUUGAGACAUGGCGACGGUACAACUUCCAGAUUGCGGCGGCCUGCGAUGCGGCGUUCAACAUAGCCAUGUUGUUGAUAUUUAUAUUCUUCAGCUCAGGAAAAGGGGUCCUGAUGCCGAAUUGGUGGGGGAAUAAUGGGGAGAGUGUUGAGCGUUGCUUUGCGCUCGACUCGUAGAUGGAUUGAUGGAAGACGGAUCGAGAUGGCGUGGGAUUGAUGUAGCACAUGUCUUGUCUCGGCCCAGAAAGCUCGCCAAUGGACUAAACUAUCCAAGUUUGCUAACCAUCAGCUUCAUGCAUAUGAUCUCAUGCACCGGGCACCUCUACCUAUAGAUAGCGAAUUGCGGUUCUUAGCUAAAUAAAUACUCGUCACUAGUAAUCACAACUCUGAAGAAUAGUCAAACGGAU